AUGUCGCACCCACGCAUAGAGGAGGUCGAAGACAGCGACCUCGAGGCAUCAGACCCCUCCGAGGGCGACAUUGACGACUUUGCCGACAAUGACAUCAUGCGCCGCGUCGAGCCCAAGUCAGCACCGCGCGCACCGCAAAUCAACCCUUCCACCAUCCCCCCCGCCGCCGCCACCGGCCCCCCAGGCCCCCGAGGCGGCUCCGAGUUCCAAACGACCGUCGACCAGAAGCAAUACGCCGACUUCCAGUGCCUCUACCCAAUCUACUUUGACGCCCGCCGCACCCGCGCCGAGGGCCGCCGCGUGCCCAAGUCCCUGGCCGUAGAGAACCCCAUCGCCCGCGAAAUCGUAAACGCCUGCGCCGCCCUCCGCCUCCCCACGCUCUUCGAGCCCGCCAAGUUCCACCCAAAGGACUGGGCGAACCCGGGCCGCGUCAAGAUCCGCACGCGCUUCAACGGCCAGCUCGGCCCCGACGGCGGCAAAGCCAGCGCUGCCUCCCGGCCCGCCGGGGCGCAGGAGAUCAAGAAUAAGCACCACCUGUACAUCCUCGUCGCCGAGCACCUCAAACGCAACCCGACGACGGAGGAGAGCGCCGCCCUCAAAGCGCGCGUGCAGGGCGCCCCCGCGCACGAUCCCAGCAAGCCGUGGCCUAGGCCCGCCGUCCCGCGCGGGUGGAAGAUGGGCGAGCUGUUGCCGUACAUCAGUCCUGCCAUGACGGGCGGCGGCGUCAGCGAGAACCUGUUCAAGGAUAUGAUGAAGGAGAUGCAAGGGGGUGGAGAUCCGAUGGCGGCGCUGAUGCAGCAGGCUCAGGGGGGUGCUUUGGGUGGUGGAGGUGGUGGUAGUGGUGCUGAGGAGAAGGCUGGCAAGAAGAAGAAGGGCAAGGGCAAGGCUUGA